UUUAGUGAUCAAGAAAGAAUGUGAUAAAAUUUAGGAACAGAUGUCGAGACAAUAUUAUUGCUGAAGAAACUGUGAAUAUUUUCCACGUUUCCUGAGAAAGUAUCGGAACAAUCGCAAGACUUCGCCGCGUCUCGGCAUGGAGUGGCGUUCGGCUGAUCCUGUACACAUCAACGCUUCUGUUGAUCUCAGCGAGUACAGCAGCUCAGACGAUGAUGAGCUCGGCCCCUCAUCCCCCAUUUACUGCCCCCCUGCAGCCCCCCUCCUCACCACUCCCCUACACCGCACCACGAAUCUGUUGGACGAAGCCAGACGUCGCCGACGACUGGACCAACUGGAACAACUGAAACGUGAGCAACUGAUGCACCUGGACCAACUGGACGAAGCCGACGACAAGUUGCAACCCUUGCUAAUCGCGCACACCGAACACAACCCCUCAUUUCUGACCGACAUACUCCACAUCUCAGAGGAUAGUUCAUCCUUACUUAGUCCUUCCAACCCUGGUAGUUCCUCAGUAGGUGAAGUUAGGUCAGAGUUGGCGUCACUUGACGGCGGAUCAGGUGUAGAUGCUAACUUGUUAGCUGCUUCCGGUUUCGAUGACAGCGAAAAUGAGGAUUCUUCAUCUGGAAAUCUUUCUUCAAUUGAGGAGGCUCCAAACGAAAUGCUUAACAAAAAUGAAGCCCAAAACCUGAUGCAGCAUCUUUCUUCCGAUACGCUGCAAAGCGAUUUUCCUAGCAACUCGGACCACAACGGCUGCGAAGAAAUAAAUCUCCCAAACGCCUCCGCUUCUGCUCUGCAUUCUGGGCAACUCGAGAAAGAUUUCCCGAGUUAUUGCCAGGAGUCUUGUCAGGAGCCGAAGUUAGACGGGGGCAGUUACUCGAAUCUGCCGCAGUUUCCUACGCCUUGGGAGCCUCACGUUGAUAAUGGACAUCAUAUAACAAAUACGGGUAAUUCAUCAUCGUUGAAUCCAGACGAAUCUCUUAUCUUACUGACUGAACGUGAUUCAGUAAGACAGACUGCGAUACUCAACGAGGAAAGUUCUAAGAAUACGCAUUCUGGUUCUCAUUCAUCUGAGCGUCAGCGGAGAGGAGAAAAAAUCUGUGGAUUUGACUCCGUGUCUUCUCAUCAGGAAGUUAAUUCUUCUGCUAGUGGUAAGAAAAGUUUAUCUUCUCUUCCGAAAGUUGAGCCUCCUUCCAGUGCUAAGAACACUUCCAUAAGUCUAUUUGAACUUCUUUUCUUUGUAUGA